AUGGCCAGAGAAAGCAACGCUCCAACGGAGCCGCUCACUCCCGCUGGCAAGCCGAAUAUUCAGCCUCGCCCCGCCCAUAUCCAGGAACCCGAGUUUGGAAAACCCUCGCCGAUCGGCCCCUCACAAAGAUCAAACCAUUUGUUCAACAUUCCGAAAGCGAAUCAAUCCCGUGCUGAACAUCAUCGACCCGCACCUCGACCACAGCCUCACGGCCAGCCACAACAACGCCAUCAAGGCCAUCCAAGUGCCACUCCCCAAAGCUAUCGCCCAUCAGUUUCUUCGGGUGCUCCUUUUGCUACCCCGUCAGCAAAACGAAGCGAACCAUGGGAUCCAUUCAAGCCGGUGGCUCCAUCCGCCUACAACAACCCUCGUGGGGGGUUCCCACAUGGUGCAGUGAGCAUCAAGCGCCCUGAAAAUGUUACUUGGACAACUCCUCGGGCUGCUAGGCCAAUCUAUCAAUCCAAGCCCCUUCCACCGAAGAUGACAGGUGCAUCGAAGAACAUCCAGAAAUUUAUGGACCUUACAAGAGAUGACACCGAUCCUGUUCCAAGGGCAUCGGCUUAUGCAUCAGAAUUUGGAGCCGUGGAUAUGAAUGGCUAUGUUGAUACAGCUAUGGCAAACGAGAAUAUCAAGGCCUUGCUUGAGGGUGCGUUUGAGGAAGAAGAAGAGAAGCCCAAGACAAAGCGCAAAGGCAAGAAGAAGGGUGGGAAGAAGAAGAGUAAGAAAACAUCCUCGAAGGAGACAAAGGACACAAAGAAGGAAGAAGCGAUCGACGAUCUUGACGAUCUUGCUGCUCAGCUUCAAAGCGUCACAGUCGAUGACUCGAAGGACACUGAUGCAUCUGAACAAAAACCAUCCGCCAAGGGUGAGGAUGUCGACAAGGUUACCCAGCAAGGUGACGAAGAUGAUGAUGCAGCACAAGAAGAUGAAGAAGAAGAGGAUGAGGACGACGACGAUGAUGACGAAGAUGACGGUGUCGUUGAAGGUUUGAAAGUCACUCUACUCCCGCAUCAAAUCGAGGGUGUGAGAUGGAUGUGUGACAAGGAGACCGGUCGAAAGACAACCAAAGGGAUUUUUCCUAAAGGCGGAAUUCUUGCAGAUGAUAUGGGUUUGGGUAAAACAGUGCAAGCAAUUGCUCUGCUUCUUAAAAAUCCCAUGUCCGACCACGAAAAUAGUGAUAACAGUGACGAAAAGGAGGGCAAGACUACUCAGUUGCCCCCGAAUUGCAUUCCCUCUACUCUGGUCAUUGCACCCCUUGCACUGAUCAAGCAAUGGGAAUCAGAAAUUAAGGACAAGGUUGAGCCGUCCCACAAGUUACGUGUCUGUCUCUACCACGGCACAACGCGCGCUAAAACUUCGACUUCUUUGGACAAAUACGAUGUUGUGAUCACAACAUAUGGAACCCUUACUUCUGAAUUCAACUCGUCGGCAUCUGACAAGGCUAAAAAGGCCGGAAUCUUUGCGGUUCAUUGGUACCGUAUUAUUCUUGAUGAAGCACACACAAUUAAGAAUCGUAACGCCAAGGCUACACAGUCAGCAUAUGCUUUGGAUGCCCAAUAUCGUUGGUGCUUGACAGGAACGCCAUUGCAGAAUAACCUCGAUGAGUUGCAGAGCUUGAUCAAGUUCCUUCGAGUGAAGCCAUAUGACGAUUUGGCUGCCUGGAGAGAUCAAAUCACCCGUCCUUUGAAUAAUGGCCGUGGCGGUCUCGCUAUUCAGCGACUUCAAGUCUAUCUGAAGGCCUUCAUGAAGCGACGCACGAAGGAUGUUCUCAGGCUCAACGACGAGAACUCUGGCGAAGAGGGAUCGGACGGCGAGCCAAAGAAGUCAUCUAAUGGGUUCCAAAUUAAGAAACGCGAGGUCAUCAAGGUUGUUCCCGACUUUAUGCCUGGCGAGUUGAACUUUUACAAACGUCUUGAACAACGCACAGAUAAUACUCUUGGGAAGAUGAUGGGUGGUGGCAAGGUUGAUUAUGCUGGAGCCUUGGUCCUACUUUUGCGUCUUCGUCAAGCCUGCAACCACCCAGAUCUGGUCAAAGGGGAUUUGGCAAAGGAUAAGGAUAUUCUUUUGCAAAAUGGCAGUACAAAUAGCCAGUCGACACAGUCAAAGCCGGAUGAUCUCGACAGCAUAGCUGAUCUUUUCGGGGCAAUGAGCGUUGUCGCAAAGAAGUGCGACGUUUGCCAAACGGAUCUCAGCCAAAGUGAAAUUAAGUCUGGUGGCAGUCGAUGCGGUGAAUGUGAAGCCGACCUGAACAUCAAUGUCAUGGGCACAGACAAGAAAAAGAAAAAGAAGUCGAAGAAGAGCCAUCGCAGUGUUCCAGAUUCCCCGUCAGCCCGCAAAUCAGACGCACAGAUUGCGCGCUCUCGCAAGAACCGACGAGUCGUCCUUGAUAGUGACGAUGAAGACGAAGAAGGCGAAGAAGGCGAUUGGGUCGUUCCUGAAGACCAGCGCAAGAUGCCCAAUCUCGGCAAGGCAGGUGGUCUGGACGACGAAAAUGCCGAGGGGGGUGGUGAAUGGCUUAACUCGGAGGAUGAGACAGAUGAUGAUACAGAUGAUGAGAUUGAUUCCCCCUCUAGAAGGAAGAGCAAACCCAUUAUCUUGAGCGAUUCCGAGGAUGAAUCCGAUUCUGAGGCGGAAGAUAUCUACAACGAUGAAGGGGAGAACGGAGACCUGCCGUCCACCAAGAUCCGCCACCUUAUGCGGAUUCUCAAUCGUGAGGCACCGGACUUCAAGUUUAUUGUUUUCUCCGUUUUCACCUCUAUGCUCGAUAAGAUCGAGCCCUUCUUGAAGCGGGCCAACAUUGGCUUCGCUCGCUACGACGGUGGAAUGGCAAACAAUCACCGCGAGGCUAGUCUUGAAAAACUUCGAAACCACAGUGGCACUCGUGUGCUGCUCUGCAGUCUUCGUGCUGGUGCAUUGGGUCUUAAUCUGACAGCCGCUAGUCGUGUCGUCAUUCUGGAGCCCUUCUGGAAUCCCUUUGUCGAGGAGCAAGCUAUUGAUCGUGUCCACCGUCUGAACCAGACUAUUGACGUCAAAAUUUACAAGAUGGUCAUCAAAGGCACGGUGGAGGAACGCAUUGUCGCCCUUCAGGACCGCAAGCGCGAACUAGCCAAUGCCACAAUCGAAGGCAAGGCUGGUGCAGGCAAGCUGACUGUGCGCGACAUGAUGGCGCUUUUCGGCCGUGACGCGGAAUCCAGAUACACAGACACCCAGAACACCCUUGACUUCAACCAGCCCACCCGACUGUUGAAUAAUGAUGAGCCUGAGCCUGCUCCUUCAUCCUCUCGGGAGUCAACACAGUCUGACCCACGUAGUCGGGGGCGUGAGUCCCAGCAUCACCGGCCGCGAACUGAAGACUCGGUUUAUGGUCGACGCUGGUGA